AGGCUCACGUCGAACAGGAGGCCAGGCCACCUCAAAUGCCUCCCGAGUGCGAGGAAAUCGAGGGCCGCGAAGCGCCGGAGAAAAUAUCCUGCCUCGACGGACGGAUCAAGGAUCAUCUGCGGUUCGCGACCAACGCCACGCUAUGCGGUCGUCGAGUGAUGGUAAACAAAAUCUGGUGCCAGGACUUGGCGAGGAAAUGGUUCUACAGAAAGGAGGAACCGCCGCACGCACGACUUCUAACCGAGCCGAAAUGCCAGAAGCACGUAGCCAAUUGGUAUCUAAUCUACCGUGGGUUGAUCUUCAUGGCGUGGGCCGUGAUCGUCGUGUGUUCGAUUUUCGAGUUCGGUAGCUUCAAUCCGAUGGUCAUGUACGACAAAUGGCCGAUUUACUUGACCAAUUGGGACUUGGCGUUGGGCCUCGGUCAAGCCUCGCUCGGACUUUUUCUGGUGUCGAGACGAUGGAAACUGCAAAAACUCGCGGACUUCGAUCCUGGCUACUUGGUUCUCGGAAUCACGGAAAGGAUCUACUGGUUUCUUUUCGUCGUCACCAUGAACAUCGCGAUCGUUGUCACGAUCACGUAUUGGUGCAGCGUCUAUGAUCCGAAAAUCCAUCAUUUAGACCCACUGAACGUAAUGCUGCACAUCUGCAACAGUAUUUUAAUGUUCGUCGAUUUCUGCGUGACGAGCAUACCGUUUCGAUUACGGAACUUUUGGUGGUGUUUAACCAUAGCGUUCCUUUACGUCAUGUUCUCGCUAGUAUAUUACACGGCUGGCGGUUUGGACAGGUUCGGUUAUCAUUAUAUCUAUAAGAUCCUGGAUUGGAAGAAACCGUUGCAGGCUACGUUAGUCUGCGUCGGCGAGGCCAUCUUUAUAAGCAUAUUGUACUCCAUAAUGUGUCUACUCGAGAAAGUGAAACAUCGGGUGUACGGUAAAAUUGGCGGUAGAUCGUUCGACCUGACACAGAGUUCCAUUGUAGAUAAACGUGCAGACAUUGUGUGAGAGUGAACGGCGUCGUUAAGGUCAAUUUCUAUAACGACGCGUUUUUUCCAUAAAUGAUGUUUUUGUAUCGCUCUUGAACCAUAGCUCAGAGUAUUAUAGUAUUUUCUUAGGCAAUUUUGUUUUUAUUUUUAUCUUUACUAUGGUGAAGCACUUAUAUGAAUAGGGCCUAGUCGAGGGAAAUAUGGUUCCCGGUUUCAUGCUCAUUCAA